AUGGCCACUGAUCUGGCGGUGAUUCUACCUCGUGUUCUAAUCGUCUCCAGACGAUGCGUCCGCAAGAACAAGUUCGUGGAUUUUGUGGGAGAAUACCAUCUUGAUCUUAUAGUGAGUUAUGGGGCGGUACCGGUGAUCGUUCCCCGAGUAACUGGGGUCCACAUGUUGUUAGACAGUUUCGAGCCGAUUCACGGUGUCCUUCUCUGUGAAGGAGAAGACAUAGAUCCAUCUCUAUACGAAGCCGAGAUGUCGAAUUUAUCAGCAGAAGAAUUGGAAGAAAUUAGGAGACUUCAUGCAAGUGACACAGCAAUAGACAAAGAAAAGGACACAAUUGAAAUGAGGCUAGCAAAGCUUUGUUUAGAAAGGAACAUACCCUAUUUAGGCAUAUGCAGGGGUUCACAAGUCCUUAAUGUGGCUUGUGGGGGUACCCUUUAUCAAGAUAUUGGUAAAGAACUGGCAAAUAAGUUGCCCUUAAAUGAGAGAGUUGUGCAUAUGGAUUACGAUAAUUACGAUGGGCACCGUCAUUCGGUUAAGGUAGUUGAGAACACCCCAUUGCAUCAAUGGUUUAAGGAUUCUUUGGAGGAUGAGAAAAUGGAGAUUUUGGUGAAUAGUUAUCAUCAUCAAGGGGUUAAGAGGUUGGCUCAAAGACUUGUGCCUAUGGCAUUUGCACCAGAUGGUUUGAUUGAAGGGUUUUAUGAUCCAGAUGCUUAUAAUCCUGAAGAGGGUAAAUUCAUUAUGGGACUUCAAUUUCAUCCUGAAAGGAUGAGGAAAGCGGAUUCUGAUGAAUUCGACUACCUCGGUUGCCCAUUUGCAUAUAAGGAGUUUGCUAAGGCAGUCAUUGCCUGUCAGAAGAAGCAGAAUGGGUUAACAAAUAUGAAAAAAUCUCUAAAGCUUGAUCAAGAAAUGGAGAAGAAGAGAAAAAUUAUAGUACGAAGCUUUUCGAUUGCAAGAAACAUAUACGAACAUGGGAUAAAUUCAUCUAAAGAAUCUGAACUCGAGGCUGGAGCAGAAUUUCUUGAGUCGAACACGGCAUUAAGCCUGCAACAAGAAACAAGGUUGAAGCAGAUGGGUGCAACUGUAAGGAAUUCAUCUUCUUACAUAAAAAAACUGAAAUUGAAUGAAGAAAGAGAGAAGGUAGCAAGGAAUGUGAUGGGGAAAAUGUCUGUGGAACAAUUAUCUGAUCUAAUGUCUUUCUACCACAUGAUGGGCCAGAUUUGUUCUGAAGUUUUGGAAAGAAGACUUCAUGACUUAGUCAACGAACUUCCCUCUUGA